CAUCGAUGUUGGGGUGUUUGACUUUCAAAAAUGGAAAGAUUUUGUCUUAAAUAGCCCAACGGUCAUUUGAAAACAGCGCUGUUCAACCAUGAACAUCGCUGUUCAAAAACUUACUGCCCAGGGCUUCUGAAGGCCAACAUCGCUGUUGGGAUUUCCGACAUGCAUGUUGGGAUGGUUUGCCAGAACCAUGGAUUAAGCGAAGGACACUCCACCGUUAGACCUCCACUCUUUGAUGGAACAAACUACACCUAUUGGAAGGAAAGAAUGAGGAUUUACAUUCGGUCAAUCAACUUCCAACUGUGGUUAAUCAUCAAAAAUGGUGAGACUAUGCCAAUGAAAAAGGUUGGUGAAAUCACCAUCCCAAAGAAGGAGGAAGAAUAUGAUGCUGAAGACAUCAAGAAGGUAGAAGCUUUUGAAAAAGCUAAACACAUGAUUUUUUGUGCAAUUAACCCGGAUGACUACCGAAAAAUUUCUUCUUGCUCCACCGCAAAAGAAAUGUGGGAUAAGCUUGAAGUGACAUAUGAAGGUACGCCUCAAGUUCAUGAAGCUAAAAUUGAUUUUCUAACCCAUGAAUAUGAGUUGUUUAAAAUGAAGGAAAUUGAAAGCGUUGAUCAAAUGUUCGACCGAUUUUUAAAGAUCAUCAACGAUCUCCAUGUCCUUGGUAAAACAUACUCGAACAAGGAUCUUGUUCGAAAAAUCCUUCGGAGCCUAACACCGGAAUGGCGUUCAAAAGCCGAUGCCAUAUAUGAGUCGAUUGGUAACACCAAUGUCACCAUCGAUGGUCUUCGAGGUAAUCUUAAAACUUAUGAAUCCACUAUUCUUAAACCUUCUCUUGACAAGAGUCCCGAUCUCGCUCUCAAAGCCUCAUCCUCAAAAAGGAUAGAGGUAAGUGACUCCGAUAGCGAUGACCAUAAUCCUUCUUAUAACUUGCUCGAGAAGUUCCAAGAAUUUUUGAAGGAAGAACUUGGGUCCCGAGAUUGUAAAAGAAAGGGGGAACCCGUUCCAACGUGCUUUGGUUGUGGAGAACUUGGCCACAUAAAGCCAUAUUGCCCAAACCGCAAGGAAAAGAAGAAGAAGGAACGAGCAUACAUGGCAUGGGAUUCGGAAAGUUCCGGUGACGAAACUGCCACCUUAUGUCUUAUGGCUC